AAUACAUGUAUGGGUCACGGUAUAAGGAAGUUCUUGUUUAUAAUCGUCUCAGAUUCCGAUGAUCCUAUGCUUAUUGACAUCAUCAAUGCAUUACGGUCUCCAAUGGAUAAUCAAGGUAACUCAACAACGGAAGUUAUUUCCGCGGACUUAGAACCAGAUUUAGGAGUUGCUGAUUUUGAUAAACUUGAACCAUUAGAUACAAGUUUAAACCAUUGUGUUGAUUUUGAUAAAUCGGUACCUUUUUGCAUUGUUAGUACAUUGCUUCCUAUGAUUUCUAGUGAAGAAAAUGUGUCGACCGGAUGUAUUUCAGCUGAUUUAGAACCUGAUAUAGAGUGUGCUUCCCGAAUAGAAAAUAAGAUACAUUCUAUGUUUGUUGUCCAUGUGAGUGAUUUAUUUAUCUCGACUAAGGACUGUUUUCUGUUGGAAAUGGAUUUACACAUCUUUUUGGAGGUUUAUAGUGUUUGCAGGUUCAUAUUCGCAGCUGACCUGAUUCAUUGCAUUGAUCCCCAACUUUUCAGACUUUAUAUAUAUGCUUUUCUGCUUAAUUUGGUGCAACCUCACCUUGUUUGA